CAGCCUGGGAGCGACAUUAGCAGAAGAACGGCAAGCUGACUGUGUGGGGGAGAGAGUGAGACACAGUAAUAAGAGAGAGAGAGAGACAGAGACAGAGAGAGACAGUGAAAUAGUGAAAUAGAGGGGGGGCUGACAGAAUAAUGUGGGAAACUAUACACUGAGGAACUACCCAAACCUGAAGAAGACUUUUAUGACAACGUUUAUGGGAGACCAGGACAGGGACCCCAACCUGUGGAGACCAUGGGCAGCCCCACCCCCCCUGUGCCUUCCCUCAAUGUCACCGAGUCAGCCAACACAUCAUGGUCCGGGGCGGCUGGCGGGGAGCCAGGUUACAGCGAGGUGGAAAUGGUCCUCCUAGGAAUGUUGAUGUCACUGCUGGUCGUAGGCAUCGUGUUCGGCAACAUCCUCGUCAUCAUAGCCAUCUACCGGUUCCAGAGACUGCAGAACAUCACCAACUGCUUCAUCACCUCUCUGGCCUGUGCCGACCUGGUCAUGGGUCUCAUCGUGGUGCCGUUCGGAGCCUGCUACAUCAUCUUCAACACCUGGCACUUUGGCAGCUUCUGGUGUGAGUUCUGGACCGCCACUGACGUGUUGUGUGUGACGGCCAGCAUCGAGACGCUCUGCGUGAUAGCGCUGGACCGUUACCUGGCCAUAACCUCUCCGUUCCGCUACCAGUCUCUGCUGACCAAGUGUAAGGCACGCGUGGUGGUCCUGCUGGUGUGGGUGAUCGCUGGACUCAUCUCCUUCUUACCCAUUCACAUGAAGUGGUGGAUCAGUGACGACGCGGAGGCGAUGGCCUGCAUCCAGAACAGCAACUGCUGUGACUUCAACACCAACACAGCCUACGCCAUCACCUCCUCCAUCAUCUCCUUCUACAUCCCCUUAGUCGUCAUGGUGUUUGUCUACAGCCGCGUGUUCCAGGAGGCCAAGCAGCAACUACGCAAGAUCGACCGCAGCGAGGGGCGCUUCCACGCCCAUAACAACAACAUGGCAGGGGUGGAGAGUAACAACGAGAGCCGAGGAGUUGGAGGAGGCUUCAGGAAGACCAAGUUCUGCCUGCGGGAACACAAGGCCCUGAAGACCCUCGGGAUCAUCAUGGGGAUCUUCACGCUGUGCUGGCUACCCUUCUUCGUCCUCAACGUGGUGGUAGCCAUCUGGAAGGUAGGGGACAUCGGACUCGCCUUCAGGAUACUCAACUGGAUAGGUUACGCCAACUCCGCAUUCAACCCCUUGAUCUACUGCAGGAGCCCUGAGUUCAGAUACGCAUUCAAGGAGAUCCUGUGCAUCAAGAAGGUCCGGUUCCCCAACAUAGGGCCUACUAAUGGAUACGUGUACAGCGGACACAGCUGGCAGAGUGAGCAGCAGGGAGGGAGGAGUAAAGGGAGCUCGGAGGACAGGGAGGACAGUGACCCAGCUGCAGACGGGUGCUCGGGGCGGGGAGAGGCCGGUGGGUGUGGAGCUGCAGACAGAACGGACCCGAACGGGAACUGCAGUAAAGGGUUAACGACUGUACUUUAACCCCUCAUAUUUGAUCUCUGGAACAGACAGACAUAUUUCAUUGCCAUCGGCCAUUGUCACUUCACCAAGUCACUGAGAUAAGACUGGAUGGAUGGAUAGAGGGUGAAUGGAAAUUCCUGUGUUGUUGCAGAGCUGAGCCCUGUCCAGGCCGAUAAACAGGGGAUAAAUCCAUUAUCUCCGCUGUUUAGCCGGGGAAUCAGAAAACUCCCUCCCUUCUAAACAACAGCUGCAGGCAAGGAGCGAUCUCAAGAUUGGGAUGUUUAACGUUCCCCCAGUCUGCCAGACAGUUAGCAGGAAGAACAAGUCUCUAAUGGCACAUCUAUUCCCCACACUCCUCAAGUGUCGGUGGCUGUGUCCUAAAUGAUACCUGAGUUUACUCACCAUAAGGGAAGUACUUUUGACCUGUGCCAUACUGUAUGGUGUGUGUUCACUAUCGGCUUCUGUCAACAGUAGUGCAUAAUAUAGUGCAUAGGGGUAUGAGUCAGCCACUUGAAAAGAGGCAAAACAACAUUUAUCAGAGGUGUUGUUUUGGAUGUAACACCCCUUCCUCUGACCAGCCAGGCAGCUCUAUGAUCUACAGCUUGAUCACACUGCAGAUGCGAAAGGAGAGAGUAGGCAAAUUUUAGCAGAGGCGUUGUUUUUCACAUAGCCCCGACCACUUCCCCUAGCUGUUUAAGACAUAGCCCCGACCACUUCCCCUAGCUGUUUAAGACAUAUCCCCGACCACUUCCCCUAGCUGUUUAAGACAUAGCCCCGACCACUUCCCCUAGCUGUUUAAGACAUAACCCCGACCACUUCCCCUAGCUGUUUAAGACAUAGCCCCGACCACUUCCCCUAGCUGUUUAAGA